AUGCUUGCUGAAAUUGAUGACCUCGAGAUCCAUGUUAUCGUCAACGACGAACUCGACCCGAUCUCCCCAAGUCCCAAUGCAGCUGUAAAAGUGGCAAGUAGGUUUAUGGGAAUUCCCCUCAUGCUGGUGAAUUCGUGGACGGAGCGUGGUGGAGCCACUAUGGAAAUGCGCAUGGACAACAUCUGUUGUGCCAUGCAUGGGAUAUCUCUACUCCUUGUAAGCCUAUCCUUCGUGUCUUCGAUCCUAGCCCCGAAGGUGGCAUCUGGGCAAGAAAUACUCGACGACUCAGAACCGAAAUCGACAAUAUUGAGCAUGUUGCGCUUUCACAUUAUCACCGAGACCAUUUCGGCGGGAAGAAAAUGCAAAACCCUGAAUAAAGGCCAUAAUUGGGGAAUGAAGGAGCUGGCUCUGUACUGGCAGGCGGACUGGUAG